GUUAUCAGUCAGUGGUUGGGCUUGGCGACAAACGUAAUCUUAAACAAACCACGCGUUUCGGACUAUCUAAGCAGAUAAGUUACGAAACUUUGAUUUAAUUACUGUUUCACUCUAUAAGACUGCAAUCAUGUCUUAUUUAAGGCAUCUAUACAAAAAUGGUGUGUCACUUAACUUGCAAUACCCUGCAAGGUUUAACCAUGCACAGCAACUCAAGGAAGAAGUACAGAGACGGCAGAUCAGCAAGGUGCUUAUCGCCAACCGUGGUGAGAUAGCAUGUCGGGUCAUGAGAACCGCUAAGAAGCUCGGAGUCAGGACAGUGGCAGUGUAUUCUGACGCUGAUAAACAUGCCAUGCAUGUAGAAAUGGCUGAUGAAGCAUAUCACAUUGGGCCAGCACCAUCAACACAGAGUUACCUCAAUGCUGCUAAAAUUCUGGAAGUGGCCAAGAAGUCCAACAGCCAGGCCAUCCAUCCUGGCUAUGGGUUUCUGUCCGAGAAUGUGGAGUUCUGUGAGAAGUGUGCCAGUGAAGAUGUCAUAUUCAUUGGACCUCCACCUAAAGCUAUCAGAGAUAUGGGUAUUAAGAGUACAUCCAAAAAAAUAAUGUCAGAAGCUGGAGUGCCCAUUGUGAAAGGUUAUCAUGGAGAAGAACAAAGCAUAGAGAAACUACAGGCUGAGGCUCAAAGGAUAGGAUUCCCACUUAUGAUUAAAGCUGUUCGAGGUGGUGGUGGAAAGGGUAUGAGAAUAGCAAUGACGGAAGCAGACUUUUUGCCGCAAUUGGAGUCAGCGAAACGUGAGUCCCUUAAAUCCUUUGGAGAUGACAACAUGCUGCUUGAACAGUAUAUCACAGACCCCAGACACGUUGAAGUGCAGGUUUUCGCCGACAUGCACGGAAACGCUGUCCAUCUAUUCGAGAGAGAUUGCUCUGUCCAGAGACGUCACCAGAAGAUCAUUGAAGAAGCACCAGCUCCAGGGAUCUCAGAAGAGACUCGCAGGUCUCUAGGUGAGGCUGCUGUGCGUGCCGCUAAGGCGGUAGGCUACGUAGGCGCAGGCACGGUCGAGUUCAUCCUACAUCGACAGACACACGAGUUCCACUUCAUGGAGAUGAAUACGCGUCUGCAAGUCGAACAUCCCAUUUCUGAGAUGAUUACUGGUACUGAUCUAGUGGAAUGGCAGCUUCGUGUAGCGGCGGGUGAGCAGCUCCCGCUAUCCCAGGAUCAGAUUAUCCGCAAUGGUCACGCAGUGGAGUGCCGCAUCUACGCUGAAGAGCCGCGCGCCGGGUUCUUACCCCGAGCCGGCACUCUACACCGCCUCACACAGCCAACACCUGAAGAAUUUGUCAGGGUGGAGACGGGUGUGCGUGAAGGGCAAGAGGUAUCGGUGCACUACGAUCCCAUGAUCGCCAAGCUCGUAGUGUGGGGCCGCGACCGUAACGAGGCUCUCGCCAAAACCAGGGCAAAGCUCUCUGAGUAUCAAGUGGCCGGUUUGGAGACGAACGUGAACUUCCUGCUGCGCUUGUCGGGCGCGAGCGCGUUCGUGUCGGGCGACGUGCACACAGCCUUCAUCCCGCAGCACGAGGCCGAGCUGUUCCCCGCCAGCGACAACACGCUCAGCCAGCCGCGCGCCGUGCAGGCUGCACUCGGACAUCUGCUUAUCAAUCAAGUAUCAAGCACAGUGACUGAAAACUGGAAAGGCAUCUCUGUGGCGCCUCAGGCGUGGAGACCUAACUUCCAACUACAGAAAACUGUGCCUUUGAGGUUCGACGAAAAAGAUAUCACAGUAACUGUAAAAUACGAACAAACACCUAACACAUACCAAGUGAAGGUGAACGAUGGUGAAUGGUUGCAAGUGGAAGCGUCACUACAGAACAGUGAGUCCGGCCUGAGACUGAACACGCUUAUUGGCGACAAGAGAAGCAACGUGGGGCUACUGACGCAUGAGGAACAAGUUCAUAUCUAUGAUGAGAACGGUCAAACAAUAGUGGAGUUACCUCGACCCAAAUACCGCGCGGUGGCCGGAGACGCUGGCGCCGCCGGCAACAGCGCGAGCUCGCCCACGCCCGGCGUGCUCGAGAGGAUACUCGUUAGCAAGGGAGACAAAGUUGUGAAAGGCCAGCCAUUAUUCGUGGUGAUUGCUAUGAAGAUGGAGUACGUUGUACGGUCUCCCCGCGAUGGUGUGGUGGCCGCGCUCGCCCCCUUCAACAUCGGAGACUCCGUCGGCAAGGGAGCUCAGGUUGUCAUGCUAGAAGGAGAGAGUUGAAUAAACAUGGGUAAUGGAGUAUACGAUCAAAUUGUUAAAUUAUGAAUAGUUUUUAUGACACCAUCGAUUAUUAUUUAGUUCUAAGGGUUAAAGAAAAAAUAUCACGUAAGGUUCCUUACCAAUAAGUCUCAAUAUUUCAAAUAUCUACUUUUAAACUAUUUUUGUUGUUCGUCAAAUCGGAAAGCCUCAUGACUUAGUUUGGAAUUUUGUUAUUAUUUACGUUAAUUUUUCAAAAAAGAGUAGUUAAGAUUAAAAUGGUUUACAAUUUACUUCAAUAAGUAAGUUUAAAGUUUAAAGCCAUUUAUAUCUAAAUGGCUUACUGAAAUACGAUGGUAACAAUUGAGCCGAUCAUAAAACGAAUUCGAACUUUUGUAGACUUAAAAGUGCCUUAAAAGUUUAAAUCCGACUGCUAUGGUGCGACUAUGUUGGGUUUUUUUUGUGUAUUUACAUUGUUCUAAACGUAAAAACCUUAAAGUAAAGUAAUUACCAUUCGUAAGUUACCAAUUAUGAUUUACUUAAACAUUUUUUUCCAUUAUGAAACGACUUAAGCUUUAAAAAAUGGUUUAUUGUCAAGGCAAGUUUAGUGUACUAUAAUCCAAAGUGUGUUACUUAUUGCUAAAGCGAUAAUUUGAAAGAUACAGAUGAACCAAGACCAUCAUAUUGAGUGGAUAAACUUUCAAACAAUGGACUAAGCUGUAAUUAGAAACGAUUCUUGUUACUAUGGACGUAGUCCCUUAUAAGGAGCGGGGCCCAUCGGCGAGCGUUGCCUACUUAGUAAUCCGGCACGUUAUGAAUUUGUAUGAAUGAAUAAUAACUACACUACUUAUGCAGACUUUUUAAACACGGAUUGGAUGUUGCGAAGUGCGAUACUUGUGUAGUGCCGUAAUAAGAUGCAUGCAUAUAUUAACCUAUAACGUUAUAAAUGUUGCCAUUGUAAAUUAAUA